AUGAAGCAAAAUGAACUUGCAGAUACUCUUAAAGAUGAGCUUGUCUUCAUUCAUCAGCGACAACUUAAGUCAAACCUGACAAAGAAGUGUCAGUGUGUGUUUGAAGGUAUCGCAAAGCAAGGAGACUCCACACUUCUGAAGAGCAUUUACACAGAUCUCUAUAUCACUCAGGGGGGCAGUGAACAUGUCAAUGCUGAACAUGAGGUCAUACAAAUUGAAGCUGCUUCCAGACGUCAUGAAGCUCAAGAGAUACAGGUUGAAUGCAACCAUUUAUUUGAAAAAUGUGAACAAGACAAGCAGAUCAGAACUGUACUGACAAAAGGAGUCGCUGGCAUUGGAAAAUCCAUCUCUGCUCAAAAGUUUGUUCUGGAUUGGGCUGAAGGAAAAGAAAAUCAAGAGAUCAGCUUCAUAUUUCCUCUUCCAUUCAGAGAGAUGAACUUAAAGGAGAAAGAAAAACUCAGUUUGAUGGACCUUAUAACUCAGUUUUUCCCAGAGACAAAAGGACUGAACCUUACAAGAAAUGAUAGAUUCAAAGUCCUGUUCAUCCUUGAUGGAUUGGAUGAAUGUCGUCUUCCUCUGAACUUUGCUGAUAAUGAGACGUAUCGUGAUGUUUCAUCACCAGCCUCACUGGAUGUUCUCCUGACGAACCUCAUCAAGGGAAAUCUGCUUCCUUCUGCUCUCAUCUGGAUCACCAGCAGACCAGCAGCUGCCAGUAAGAUUCCUCCUGACUGUAUCGACCGAGUGACAGAAGUUAGAGGAUUCAAUGAUGCACAAAAGGAGGAGUACUUUAGAAAAAGAUUCACAGAUGAGAAUCAGGCCAAAGAAAUCAUUGAUCAUGUUAAACAAUCAAAGAGUCUCUUCAUCAUGUGCCACAUCCCAGUCUUCUGCUGGAUUUCAGCCACUGUUCUCCAGAACAUUUUACAGGAGAAAGCAAACACUGAUGUGAAAAACAAUCAGACUGAUGAUACUUCCAAAACACUGCAAGAAUCAAACACUGAAGACACUCCCAAGACUCUGACACAAAUGUACACACACUUUCUGCGCUUCCAGGUCCAGCAGAGCAGACGAAAAUAUGAUAGAGAAUACACACCAGAUGUUUCCUGGGAUAAAGAUGCUAUUGUUUCAUUGGGUAAACUGGCCUUUAAACAUCUGGAAAAUAACAACCUGAUCUUUUAUGACACAGACCUAAAAGCUUGUGGUAUUAAUGUCUCAGAAGUUGCAAAAUUCUCAGGCAUGUGUACUCAGAUCUUUAAGGAGGAAACAGGGAUUGUUCUUGGUACCAUGUACUGCUUUGUUCACAUGAGCAUUCAAGAGUUUAUUGCAGCCCUUUAUGCACAUCUGUUUCUGGACAUCAACAAGAGAAGUGUGUUUGAUCAAGACUCUACAGAACAGAAAAACACAAAUGAAGCUAGGAUUGAUUUGCUGAAGACUGCAGUGGACAAGGCAAUUAAAAGUGACAAUGGACACCUGGACCUUUUCCUUCGCUUCCUCCUUGGUCUGUCACUCGAGUCUAAAACACUAUUACGAGGUCUGUUGACACAGCAAGAUGACUGUGUGGACAGCAAAGAGGAAAUAGUUCAGUACAUCAAGCAGAAGUUUGAAGAAAAUCUGUGUCCUGAUAGAUCCAUCAAUCUGUUCUACUGUCUGAAUGAACUGAACGACCAAACUCUGGUGAAAGAGAUUCAGACUCACCUUAGCCAAGGACGUCUCUCAUCUUCUGACCUUUCACCUGCCCAGUGGUCUGCUGUGGCCUUUGUGUUGUUGACAUCAGAUGAGGAGAUGGAAGAAUUUGAGCUUCAGAAAUUCAAGAAAUCAGACGAGUGUCUCAUCAGACUAUCACCAGUCAUCAAAACCUCCAAAAAAGCUCUACUGAAUAAUUGUGAAAAGAUGACAGAAAAAAGCUGUUCAGUUCUAGCUACUGUUCUCUCCUCCAAAACCAUCCUGAAAGAGAUGAACCUGAACAACAGUCGUCUGCUGGACUCAGGAGUCAGAGAGAUCUGUGAGGGACUGAAGAAUCCUGUGUGUAAACUGGAAAUACUCAAUCUACGUAAAUGUGGUCUAAUAGAGAAAAGCUGUUCAGCUCUGUCUACAGUCCUGAGAUCAGACAGCAGUCUGAAAGAGCUUGACAUGAGCAACAAUAUUCUGCAGGAUUCAGGAGUGAAGAAACUCCAGAGCGGAUUAGAAAAUACAAACUGCACUCUGGAGAAACUCAGUCUUUCAGACUGCAGAAUCACUGAAGAAGGUUAUAAAGCUCUGGCUUCAGCUCUGAGAUCAAACCCUUCACACCUGAUAGAGCUGGAUCUCAGAGGAAAUGAUCCUGGGCAAUCAGGAGUGAAGGAGCUCACUGAUUUACUGCAGGAUCCACACUGUACACUGGAGACACUGAGGUUUUUGAGUCCUGCUGCAGAUGAAGCCUUUCAGUUUGUGACUGGAGUUGUGGGUAAAAACCCGUUACUCCUGAAAGAGCUGAAUCUGAGUGAUCGUGAACUAGGAGACACACGAGUGAAUCAACUCUCUGCUCUACUGCAGGAUAAACACUGUAAACUCAACACACUCAUUCUGUGUAGAUGCAGUAUUACAGAGGAACAGUGUGUGAUCCUGACUUCAGCUCUGAAAUCAAACCCAUCACACCUGAGAGAACUGAACCUCAGUGGGAAUGAACUAGGAGAAUCUGGGUUUCAAAGCCUUUGCUCUCUACUGAUGAACCAACAAUGCAAGCUGAAGAAACUAAUUUUGGCUGAUCACACUCACAUUUACGGUCUGAGAAUCUUCUUGCUGUGA